AUGCCUUUCUCCGCUGCAGAGUCGAAGCUAGUGUCCAUAUUCGUCCAAUCUGUCCUCUAUGGGAAUUAUAUGACACUGUUCUUCACCACGACGAAAGCACUGCUAUGGAAGCGACCUUCCGGGAACCCACUUCGGAGGAACAUGCUCUUCGUGUCUUUCCUGAUGUUUGGGAUUGCGACCACACACGUAGCGACGAACUUCUCGCGCAUCAUUCUCGCGUUCAUCAACAACGUAGACGCACCGGGGGGCCCCGCCGCGUUCUUCAAUGAGAUGUCCAACUUUACGCAGAUGUUCGGAAGCACGCUGUACGUCGCGCAGACGCUGCUCGGUGACGCGAUGGUGCUGUACCGUAGCUAUCUUGUCUGGGGACGAAAGCUGUGGGUCAUCGCGUUCCCGUUUGUCCUUCUUCUCGGGAGUACCGCGACUGGCGUCGGCAUCCUGUACUCCUUCGACAAGGUUGACCCUGAGGCCUCGAUCUUCGUGGUCCAGCUAGGGCAUUGGAUCACCGCGUUCUUCUCCAUGACCUUCGCGACAAAUGUCGUCUGUACCGGUGCGUUUCCAUCGUUCGUCCCGGAUAUCAUCUCAUGCCGAGGAACGCGUGUCCGGAUCCUCUGCAAAUAUAGCGUUGGUGGCGUACCGGAUCUGGGUCGUCAACCGGACCCAUCUUUUCUUCAGGUACCGGGACCUGCGCCAGUCAUGAUCCUCAUCGUCGAGUCGGGCGCGCUGUACUCCGCGACGCUUCUCGCGCUGCUCAUCCUGUACAACGUCGACUCGUGGUUCCAGUACGUCGUCCUCGACGCGGUGUCCUCCAUCGUCGGCAUCGUGUUCUCUGUCAUCAUGUUGCGCAUCGCGACGGGCGAGUCGAACGCAGAGGGCGAGACUGCGCUCCUCGAACCUACGGGUGUCGCCAGCGGCGUCCAGCUCUCGAGGCAAUGGGUGUACCUGUAG